AUGGGUGCUGCUAAAGUUGUUUGGGGUCGUUUUCUUGGACAGAUCGAGGCGGUAUUACCUCGUAAGCUUGUUCCAUUUUGGAAAGCUCCUGCCGGUGCGUAUUUUCUCUUGAUUUUGCGCUAUUUUACACGGCGUCUGAUUUCGGCGACGUAAACAUGUCUGGACUUUAGCGCUUCGACGACGUAUUUUGAAAUGGGAUCAAUAUGACUACCGGCAUAAAUUUUAAAUAGAAGAGAAUCCCUGAUCGAUUAUCUAAUUUGGUUUGUCUACAAAUUGAAGCGUUUGUUUGUUUCGGGAUGUACCCCACAUACGUACUUAAUGGCAGAACCAGAAAUAUACAAACAUGAAAUGGGCGAUAGUGUUUAACUAACCGGUACAUGCAAGACAUGCCGGAGCAUGACGGGACGCUACCCUGCACACGAAGAGUACGGUAAUUCUGUUUUUAAAGGCGAAAAAAUUUCCAUGGUAAGCGAUAUGCCAAGGGUUCUAAAAUCUCAUGCCAAUUAAGUGGCUGAAAGAGAGGUCGAGGAAGCCAGACAAUUGGAACUACUUAUUUUCUUCCGGAGUGGUUGGUUACAUUGGUUGGUUAACGGACCCUCCUUGCACGAGGGUUUCGCAUGCACUGCCUUUCUGCAACACAUGUUAAUCCAAACUGAGACAUGUGUACAGUGAGGCAGUUUGAAUGUCAUGGCUCUGAGAAACAAAGGUCUUUUUCAAGUUAUUUUAAUUAUCAGUAUUUCACUAAAGUUUGCAACAUAACCCUUAAAAUUGUGCUUUGAAGUAUUUUAAAGAUUUUUCUCAAUUUUUACGGUAAGGUAUGUGUAGGGUAAAAUUUCUGCACAGCCCCAUACUACAUUAUGUAUUCAGUUCUUGGAUAGAGAAAACAAUGACAAAAACAAUACAUUGCCAUUCGGAAAACAGAUUUGUUUUACAAUAAUAUGGGGCUGUGCGGAAAUUUUACCUUGUGUAGCCCCUAAAUUGUUCCAGUCAGCCAUUGCAACAGUCACAGCCCUUUAGAAAGUUAUUAAAACUAUGGAACUAUGUACAUUUUCUUGUAAGUACUAAAUUUUUUUCAGAGGUAUGUAAUUGAUUCUGCAUUUAUAUAUCUUUUUUUUUCAGGGCCACAAACUAUCUUUUUCUGGGCACCAGCUUUUAAAUGGGUAAGAACAUGAAAAAUUUUUAUAAUACUAUGCAAGUUUUCAUCAGUCAGUAGUUUGAAAACUUCUCAUAUAAGUAUACACCAGGCAUGUGAUCAGUGAUGCCUUUCUCAUGUUCUAAUAUGACUUUCUCACUUGGAGGUCAAAAGGAGGUCUUCUUAAUCCUUUAGCCCUCGAGAGUGAAAAGCAUGUAAUUUCUCCUAAAAGUGUCAACCCUGAAUCAAAUAUUAAGGUCUCAAGAAUAAAGGAAAUGAUUACCAACCAAAGAAGUUCUUGAUUGUAGAACUAAUUCUUCUUUUCAGAACUGUUGGAAAUGUAUAAAGAACAUCAUGGAGAAUAUGCAUACUGAUAUUAUGGUGUUAAAGGCUAAGAUAGUACCAUUCAUAAUUUUUUCUCAGUGAGAAAUAGUUAAUAAUGUAAGUGAUGUAAUUAUUGCACCUAUUGAAGAUGUUGCACUGUUUUUGUUGAAGGGUCUUGUAUUUGCUGGUAUUGCUGAUCUUGCAAGACCAGCUGAUAGACUCAGUCCAUCACAGUCAACAGCUUUGGCAGCUACUGGUGAGUUCAAAUAUUCCAUUCCCAUUUAACCCAACUUGGUUAGCUCAAGUUGUACAGCGCUGCACUGCUGUGUGUGAGGUUGAGGGUUCAAGCCCCAGACUGGCCCAACACCCAGGGUCAUAAAAUAAUUGAGGAGAUUGUGCAGCCUUUACUGUGUUGUGAUUUGCUUAUAUUAUUGUUUACACAGGCCCUGAUUCAAACCAGCUUUGAAGCUUGAACCUAAGUUUAAACUUAACAUCAUCAGGAGCAAACACAAACUCUGAGUAAAUGUUUUACUUUCUGAUAUCAGGGAUAAGAAAGCAACAGCAAGUUAUAUUAACCCUUAAACUGCCAAGGUCUGAUUGUUAAUAUUCCUCACUAGUUCAAGGUAACAACUUCUACUAGAUAAGUUUGAGUAUUCUCAUAACCUGUUUGCUGGACAUGGUAGAGGUAUUAAAGGGAGAAGUUACAUGUUAAUCACUUCUGGGAGUUAAAGAGUUAACAUGUAACUUCUCCCUACAAUAUUUAUACAUUACUCAGCAAACAUGUAAUGAGAAUACCCAAACUUAUUUGGUAGAAGUUUUUGUCUUGAUCUUACAUCAAAUUCUCAAAACUAAUUACCCGAGAUCUCAUAAGAUAUUCUCCUUAGUAUCUGCCAUACAAUUCUUAUGACGUUAGUUUGGAGAAUUUGUCAUUGGAUCAACUAAAAAUCUCCUAAUCUUUAUUCUUAUUUAUUCUCAUCACCUGUCUGCUUUAUAUUGCAUUAACACUGUAAGGAGAAAUCCUCUCUUGGUCACUCAUGGGAGUUAAAGGGUUAAGGUUCUAAGGGAACUUGGUCUCCUUUGGUUUAAAUGUAUUUUGUCAGUUUCUCCAUUCUGUGUAGUGGAAUAGGAUUGUCCAAACAGUGUGCAUACUUGUUCCUCUGGCUGCAUAAAUUUAAAUCAGUUUACAUUUUUGGUUGUAUAUUGAUGUAGAAUGCAUGUUUGCUAUAUUGUAUGAGUUCACCAUAGCAAUUUUAAAUUCUGUAUGAACUUUACAAGCUAGGUAAAAGCAUUGGGUAGACUAAACUGAUGUAGCAACCUCAAAUUCUGCAUAAACUGCACAAGCCACACUCCCAGACACAUUUGUUGGGACAUGUACUGCCUCUCUUGCCCCUCUGAAUGAUGUGCUGAGAGAUAGCACAGAAAAAUUGGCAAUUAACCACCUUAUAAAUUUUUGUGGAUAAGUGUCCCAACUAAUUAUGUCUGGGAGUGUAAUUACAAGCAUUAGGUAGAAAAAUUGAUUUUUAGUUGGUCAGUGAGUCAAUUGCUAAGUCAUCUGGCAUGUUUACUAGUUACUUUAGGAUCAAACUCUAAUUCUAAAUUCUGUAGGUCAGGGAGGUGAUUUGGCAAAUGUAAGUGUUUUGUUUUACUUUAUUUUAGUUUGCUGUUAAUAUUGUUUGUAAUUAACUUAUGUUGUUAUUAUUAUUAAAUUAUUGCAGGAUUGAUAUGGGCAAGGUACUCGUUGGUAAUCAUCCCCAAAAACUGGUUGCUCUUUAGUGUCAACAUUGGUCUUGGAAUCACAGGAAUAAAUCAGCUUUGUAGAAUAGCAUAGUAUGUGUUGUUUUAUUGUGUUGUAAAGGAUAGCUGCAACCAUCUGUGUAUUCCCAGUGGUCUUCAGUGUGUUUUUGAAAAUGUGAAAACACUGACAGAUGUGAUAUUUAUUUCUAAAAGAAAUAGUUUCCAUGUUUACACAGCUUCACAUAGAAGCUAAGCAGACUGAAAAUUCUUAAAAUUUUUUUUCAAACUUUUCUUGGAUAAACUUCCUCAAUUUUUCCCAACCCUGAGAUUUUAUUUUACACCUAGUAGGUAAAGACAAAAGUCCUUUGUCGCAGCACUUGUCAAUAGAAUGCAAUUGCUUGUGUCCCAAAGAGGUCAAGCACCAAUUUUUUUGCAAGAAAAAGCGUGAAGUCAUCACAUCAGAAUGUGUGAUUGUAUUCAUUAAUAUUUCACUUAUCUUUUCAGUUACAGGUAUACUCUUGAGAAAUCAAAAGAAUCAAGUGAAAUCCAAGCAAGUGUGGAACAUAAAGCAAACUGAGGUCAUGGUGGAUUGGAAUAAGGACAUUGUAGAUAUUGAAUUUACUUAAUCUGAGCCUCACUUUGGGAGUUAACCCGGGAAAAAAUUAUUUUUUCAUUUUGGUUGGUCAGUUUUUGUCAUCAGUCUACACAUCAGAUCACUAUUUUACCCAUUAAUUUUUAGUGUAAUUCAUUUCUAAUCCAACUGGUAAUAACUCAUAGGGAAAAUCAGGUUUUAUCUAUAUAUAUUUAGAUAUGCUACUGCUCAAGCAGCCUGUAAUUAAAUUAUUCAAUGAAAAUAUUUAGCAUUUUUGAUCAUUCAAAUUUUGUGUAGAUCAGGGUAGUUGCAAUGGGGUAGCUGUGCCUGAAUUGUAAAAUAUUAAUAGACAUGAAAAUGGGCAGCAACUGUGGAUUUUUCUAAUUUGGAGUUAGUAAGACAAGUAAUAGGUAUUGAAUUAAUUGUUUCUCAUGUGUAUCAUUAGUAUUUAAAAUUAGCAAGUGUCUUUUAAGGAUGGUAUAUUUAUACAUAUGGUUUUGGUAUCUCACAAGGCAUAGAAUAAUACAUGCAGGUGUUGUAAUGGUGAAUUAAAUGUAAAUUGUGUAUUAAAAAAUAAAGGUUUUGUUUACAUCAUUUCUAUGUUUUGAUGAGUCAUAUGCACCAUUUGGAUAUGGAGAUAUUUGAGUCA